AUGGAAUCUCAGGACAUGGUGUUUGGUGCUGGUGAUUACGUGGUAUUUGCUCUGGUGUUGCUCGUGCCCGCAGGAAUUGGAAUUUUCCAUGCAUUUUCCGGAAACAAGCAAAACACAACGGGGGAAUUUCUCAUGGGUGGAAGACAAAUGAAGACUGUGCCCCUCGCCAUUUCCAUCCUAGUGUCCUUCAUGUCCGCCAUCUUGAUCCUGGGAACUCCAGCCGAGAUGUACCGAGAAGGGACGCAGUACUACCUGUACACGUUCGGCUUAACUGUAGCCAUUGUUGUGUCUACAUUGUUGUACGUUCCCCUUCUCUAUCCACUGAAGUAUACAAGCUCAUUUGAGGUUAUCUAUAUGGGCAUGGCGUCACUUGCUCCAUCGACGGCUCUGGAAGCAGUGACCGGGUUUCCAACAUGGGCCACGAUAAUUACGAUCGGUCUCGUAGCCACCUUCUACACGUAUCUGGGAGGAAUGAAGGCAGUUGUAUGGGCAGACGUGUUUCAGUGCGUCGUGAUGCUUGUCGGAGUACUGGCCAUAAUCAUCAGGGGAACGUAUGCAGUCGGCGGGUUAAGGGAGGUGUGGAGAAUCAACGAAGAGUGGGGUAGAAUUAAAUUCUUUGACUUCAAUCCCGACCCUACUGUGCGCCAGUCUUUCUGGUCACUGGUCAUCGGAACAGCCAUAGACUGGUCCCACACAUACGGGCUGAGCCAGGUCACUGUCCAGCGGUACUGCGCACUGCCCACGCUGCGACAGGCCAGACUAUCUGUGAUUCUAAACAUCGUCGGGGUCAUUCUGCUGAUGACCUCUGUGUGUCUGUCGGGGAUCAUCAUGUUCGCCUACUACGCCCAGAAAGGAUGUGAUCCCUUGUCAGAUAGCAAAGUCAGCAACCCGAACCAACUGGUGCCUUACUUCGUGAUGGAGGUGUUUGGUUAUCCCGGUCUCCCGGGACUCUUCAUCUCGUGUCUCUUCAGUGGUGCACUUAGCACCAUGUCGUCGUGUCUCAAUGCUCUGUCCGCCGUGUGUUGGGAGGAUUUCCUCAAACCAAUCCUGGGAGACAGACUCACAGAAACUAAGAAGACACUCAUCACAAAGCUGCUCGUGCUGUUUUUUGGCGCCGCGGGUAUUGGUGUGUCUUUUAUGACCAUGCAUCUGGGUGGGACAAUCUUACAGGUGUGCCUCAGCUUCACCGGUGCAGUAUGUGGCCCGAUGCUCGGCAUGUUCAUCCUGGGUGCGUUCUUCCCGUGGGCCAACUGGAUUGGAGCAGUGGUCGGCGGUGUGCUGGGAUUGGUGUUCCCUCUCUGGAUCUCUAUAGGAGCUUACACCGUUGUAGGAACACCGUCUAGCCUUGAGUACCCCACGCACAACUGCAGCGUCCCCAACAGCACCAUAUCCAUGGCGACAACAACGUCCUCAAACCUAACAACAGCUCAAGCUCCUGUCGAAUAUACUGGUAUCUCUGCCCUGUACACAGUGUCCUAUCUUUGGUAUUCAACCAUUGGUGCUACCACAGCGGUUGUAGUUGGUCUACUAGUCAGCGCCAUGACAGGCAUGAACCGUGUUGGUGAUGUUGAACCAAGGUUUCUGGUUCCGUUCCUGUACCGCCGCUGUCUCCCCUAUGUCAGAACC